AAAGCCAAAUAUCAAGCUAAUAAAAGAACUAUAAUGAAAUACGCUUUAGUCACGGGGGCAUCAUCGGGAAUUGGAUUCGAGGUAUGUAAGAACCUUGCCAAUCGCGGGUACAAAGUUUUGGGGUGUACUAUUGCCAAAGAAGUUGAGAAAAUGGCACCUUUGAAAGAACUAGGAGUGGUACCAAUUGAAUGUGAUAUCAGCUCAGUUAGUGAUAUCAAGAAAAUGGCUCAGGUUGUUGAAGAAGAAACCGGUGGGCGCUUAGAUAUUUUAUACAAUAAUGCCGGUAUUCUGAUUGCAGGAGCAGCCGUGGAGUUUGAUGAUCUGGAAGCCAAAAAAUUAUUCGACGUUAAUGUCUUGGGACACAUCUAUGUCACGAAGUACAUGAUUAAGUACGUGAUUCUGGCAAAAGGAACCAUCAUUUUCACCAGCUCUGUGGCUGCCAGAGUCCCACUUCUGUGGGUAUCAUUGUACUGUGCAACUAAAGCAGCCAUUGAUCAAUAUGCCUUGGGCCUUCAUGGAGAAAUGAAGCACUAUGGCGUACGUGUCAUCUCGGUGAUCACUGGUGGUGUAGACACUGCUAUUUGUGAUAAUAACGUCAAUUAUACCACUGAUGGAGGACUAUUUGAUGUACCGGCUGCAAGAGAAAGUAUGAUAUCCUCAGCAAUGAUGCUGAGACAACAGAUUUCCAUUUCGCCCAAGGAAUAUGCCAAGCAAGUCUUGGGCAAGGCUAUUGGUGGUAGGGGUGGUUUCAACGUAUAUGCUGGAGGCAGAGCAUACUUUUUACAUUUGGUUAGUCGUUUUGUUCCCUUAUGGUUGAUGGAAUGGGGUAUAUCUUUCCAUUUCAAACAAUUAUCGGUCUGGGCCCAGCUACGUAAGAAGUUGAGAGAUCAAUCAGCUAAACGGCUGGCCUGAGUUGGUGUGUAUCCGUUUAUAUCGUAAUCUAUAUAUCUCUCUAUCUCUCUAUCUCUCUAUCUAUCUAUCUAUCUAUCUAUCUAUCUCUCUAUCUAUCUAUCUAUCAGUAGG